UUCGGCGUGGUUCUGUCGCGAAAAGGUGCCAGUACUGCAGAGGCACAGCAUCAGGCAUGACUGAAGAAAGAAACAGUGGACACACGCCUCCUGCCUUUACUAGCUUCAGCGCCGAGGCAAACCCGAGAACAAUCCGUGAAGGCGCCGCGGGCGCUUCAUCUACCUCGGACUAUUACCCUACGAUUUCUGACGAGGCCUGGGCUUACCCACUGAACAUGCUGAACAGCCCGAGUGACGCCAUUUACGUAACUGAGCACGCAGACAUGAACGAAAACGGAAGCACCGCGCACCGGCUUCCUUUGAUCAGCAGCGACGAUAUUGACGCAAACCUCAGUACAAGCCACGCUAGCAUGGAGGAAUCAUCAGCCAUCUGGGAAGACGACCCGAGGAUUCCUAAUGGCUCCUGGGGUGGCCAACGGAACACGCAGUACUACCCGGCUGACGUCACAUCCACCAUGCAUGACAUGGCCGGAAAAGUCAGCACCGGUUACUGGCCUCCUGUGUCCAGCAGCGGCGGCGAUGACGCAGUGCCCAGUACAAGCCGCGCUGGCAUGGAGGGAGCAUCAGCCAGUUUGGAAAACAAUGGAAGGAUUCCUAAUGGCUCCUGGGGUGGCCAACGGAACACGCAGUACUACCCGGCUGACGUCACAUCCACCAUGCAUGACAUGGCCGGAAAAGUCAGCACCGGUUACUGGCCUCCUGUGUCCAGCAGCGGCGGCGAUGACGCAGUGCCCAGUACAAGCCGCGCUGGCAUGGAGGGAGCAUCAGCCAGUUUGGAAAACAAUGGAAGCAUUCCUAGUGGCUCCUGGGCUGGUCAACUAAACACGCAGUGCUACCCGGCUGACGUCAUAUCCACGAUGUAUGGGCAUACAGACAUGGCGGGAAAAGGAAGCACCGGUUACCGGCCUCCUGUGUGCAGCAGUAGUGGCGAUGACGCAAUACCCAGUACAAGCCACGCUGGCAUGGAGGAAGCAUCAGCCAGUUUGGAAAACAACGGGAGGAAUGCUACCGGAACCGAGGAAAACGAACAGCAAGAGUUAUGCGGUGUCUGCGGUGUCUGCAGCAAGGUUUACACCACACUGCAUACCCUACACAGGCACGCCACCGAGCACUAUGGCGAUGAAUCCUACAUUUGUGAAGCAUGUCAUCUACCCUCUGUAAAGAUGACGAAGUCAGUAAGACAUUGCCAGAAGAGCACAGGAGAAAAGAUCUACAAAUGCGAAACAUGCUUCAAAUUCUUCAAAAUCCCGAGUCACCUUAAAAUACACCAGCGCACCCACACAGGCAUGAAACCCUACAAUUGUGAAACAUGUGGUAAAUCAUUCGCGCAGUCGGCCCAUCUUAAUGCUCACAAACGCACGCAUACAGGCGUUACUCCCUACAGAUGCGAAACAUGCGGAAAAUUAUUCAAGAUGUUGUCGCACCUUAACGUACAUCAACGCAUGCAUACAGGCGUUAGUCCCUACAGAUGCAAGACAUGCGGAAAAUCAUUCAAGCAGUUGUCGCACCUUAAUGUACAUGAACGCACGCACACAGGCGAGAAACCCCAUGUCUGCCCAAAAUGUAUGAAGUCAUUCCAGAGCAAGCAGUCCCUCAAAGAGCAUUUCAACCUGCAUACGGGCACGAAACCAUUCGUCUGCCAAAUAUGUAGUAAGUCUUUUGGGAACAGCUCAAGUCUCAGAAGUCAUCGCCUUCGCCACAUGGAUGAAUCGCCGAAUCAGUGCGCUCACUGCGGCGCUCGUUUCGCAGAUAGAGAAACCCUCGACGGACAUAUGUGCGAGAGGGUUACAUGCUAUUUGUGUGGAGAUUCCUUUAUAGAUGACAUUCAACUGGCCACACAUCUCGUGAAGCACAGAGAUGGGCAGCCGAAACAGUGAGAUUAGUGCGCAUAUAAAGUCAAUCGUCCACGACUUUUGCACAGAGACGUGAGUGUGAACCUGGACAGGAAAACAACGCUGAGAUUAUUUGAUAGCAGUGAACAACAUACGCUGCACAGAGCAGGC